AUGGAUUUGUAUGAGGUCGAGUAUAACGAGGAUUUCAAGAAAACUAUCCAUGAUGGUACCAGUAGCGGUGGCUUCAUCAAGAAUCUUGGAGACACACAGAGGAUGGUGCUUGAUUACGAGAACCGAAAGAAGGUCGAGUUUAUACCUCCUGAUGAGCAAUCUGUGGUUUCUGAAAGGUCGAUCGAAUUGGGGUUUGACUCCACAGAUUUUACUGAAGAGAGUGAAUGGUCGACGUAUCUAUGCAGUAGUCUUGAUGAUGAGUCAGAUGAUGCGAGGCCACGAGUUCCUGCAAGAACAAGAAAAGAUUUGGCCAAGAGAAGACGAAGCAAUGAGCUUUCUCACUCACCUGGAACAAAGCAAAUAAACGAUAUCAGCAAGAAAAUGCGUACUUUGCAGGAUCUACUACCUAAUACUCACAAGGAAGACAACGAAUUGUUGUUGGAUGAAGCAAUCGAUUAUAUGACGACCCUUCAACAUCAAGUUCAGAUGAUGACGAUGGGUAACAGAUUUGUGACGCCAUCAGUGAUGUUGCCGCAUUACCUUCAGAUGGGUCUAGCAACAGGUAUGCCUAUGGGGGUACCACAGUUUCUGCCUGCGCCUGUUCUUGGAGCUGAUAUGCUAAGGUUUCUUAACCAUCCUGGACUCAUGCCAAUGCAAAGCUCUGCACUUUUCACUCCAAUGGAACACUGUUUCCCCCAAUCCGUCCCGCCAUCUUGUGUUGCUUUCCCUAACCAAAUACCAAACCCAUUUCACCCGUCUUCUCACUCUCCAAGCAAGUAG